UCUUAAGUCUUCACCGCGAAGAGAGUGAGAGAUAUUAGUUUUACCAAACGUUUCAGAGGAGAAAGAUGUUCAAGUGAAAACCUGUGCAUAUGUCAGAGAGUAGUAAGAGCAAAAAAAUUUGUUAUUCAUUCGGCUCGUUUCACCAGUGCGCAUCGGAUUUAGUUAGUUUGUGUUUAAAUGAUUAUAUUUUUAUUUUUGUUUUUGUUUUAUUUUUUUGUGUGUUAUUUCCUCAUCUCUGGGCUCUGAAAAGAAAUAAAUAAAUUUUAACUCUCAAGAUCCAAUUUGAUUGCGCCGCGCUGCAGUACAGGAAACGAACGCACGAACGAACCAGAGAGCUGUUGGUAACUUCUUUGGUUGAACCGAAAAGAAAAACCAGAUAUCACACUUAGGUGAGUGUGGAUCGAUGCAAUCGAACUCACGCUAACAAGUUGGUCAAGUUAAGAAACGAAACAAAAAUAAAAAUUGGUGUGCGUUGUGUGUGAGCUACUGUGUUUGCGAGAUUCAAGAUAGAAAGGAGAACUGAGUGCGCGUUAAAUUUAAAAGAAACACAACCAAAAAGCAAAAACAACUAAAAAUAAAGUGGAAUAAAAUGCAAUUCGUAAAAUGUGUAUUGGUUCUGUGCUUUUCAUUCCAACUGAUAAAUAAUGUGUUGAGUGUGUAUCACGAUGAUUCGCCUGAUUAUGGCAUUAACAGCAGCAAUGACAAUGACGAUGAUAAUGAUGACCUACCAAUGGCUCAUCAAUUCCAUGCCAAUCUGGACAUUCGCGGUUUCGAACGAAUGAUGCUCAGAGACAUGGCCGAAGAUGAGCCGGAAUUCUUCAACGAAAAAGAGCAACGUGUACGUGAUGCUCUACUCAGAUCAACGCAAGAUGUACGCAGCCAACGAACAUUAUCUGAAGUGUUGCCGAUUUUAAGGUCUCUGUCGACACAGCAGCGUUUAACAUUGGCUGCACUCAUUUCAACACAAACCAAUCCAAAGUCCGGCAAAUCAUUGGAUUUGAAACAAGUUGAGGAGAUGUUUGGAGAGCGGAGAAAUUCCAUUUUGCCAAUUAUCUAUGAUAUAGCGAAUAUAGUAAAAAGAAAUAUGCCGCGAAAAAUUGGAAAUGAUUUGCCAGCAGGCAUUAAUUAUGAUGAUGAACCAAAUAACAAUGAAGAAGUUCAAUCAAAAACAUCUGUUUUUCAUCGUUCGAAACGAUCGUCGAAAUACGAAGACGACCGACCAUCGUAUCACGAACGAAAAAUGAAUAUGACCAAUUUUCGAGGCACACCAGAAUCAAACGAUCAACAUGCCAUCGAAUCUCAAACACGAAUUCACGUUAGUUUACCCAAUUCAAAUGCCUCGUCGGCCAUGUCAUUGGAGGAUAUUGAGAAUUUGGCGUUCAAAGAUUUAAAUGGAACGAUACCGAUUGGCAGCGGUGACAAUGCCACUAACAUAGAAAGUCUUCCGGAGCCAGAAAUGUUGAUCCGACCAUAUCGGGUGCGUCCGCGUCCAAUUAGCGAACGGUUUGACAAUGUUUAUUUGUACGUCGUUGACUAUCCAAUGCAUCAAAUUAUGGGCAGUAUCCGAAGACAUCGAUUUGCCAUGACUGCUCUUCUGGCCGACAAUCCAGGUGAUUGGCGAAAUCGUAUGCAGGAAUUGGAAAUGAAAAAACGUCGCGAAGAUGAAGAGAAUAACAUACCAUCGAGUGGAAUGUGCCCUAGCAUUGUACGAUACGCUCGCCCACAAAAGGCUCGUUCCGCGUCAGGCGAAUGGAAAUAUAUUGUGAACACAGGCCAACACACACAAACGCUACGCUUAGAAAAGUGCACGCAUCCCGAGAAUUCAUGUACAUAUUUAACCGAUAAUUUUAGUUCACGAUGUGCUCAAAUCUACAAUUACCAUCGGCUACUCAGUUGGGAUAACAAGCGUGGAUUACACAUCGAUAUAUUCAAGGUACCGACAUGCUGUUCAUGCCAAAUUGAUGGAUACAGAGAGAAAUUCCCGCCAAACAGCCCACAUUCGGGUGACGACCAGGAUUUGUUCGAGACACGUUUUUCAGCAUCGGAUGCCCUUUAUUCAUUGGCCAAUAAUGAUUACAAUGAUAACGAAAGCGAUGCCGAAGAGUCACCCAGUGAAUCAAACGGUGCCGUAUUCCGUCCGCUCAUUACGAAAAAACAACGUUUCGAAAAACGGAAGAAAAUCAAGCGACCAUCAUCGCCAGAGACAUUUCUUACGCCACCCAGCCCAAAGUACGAGCCAGAGAUUCAAUUCAAACGCAAACAAUCGUCGAUUCCAAUAGCCGCCAACCGCGCAUCGGAGGUAUCGAGCCCAACACCGGUUCUGAUUGGCGGUGAUGAUACAUCGGAAACGGAACGUCCCAGUAAGAAUGGAUUCACACCGAUCAGUGUGCCCGUGAAAAAUCCGCAAAUACCACGAUUGGCACCAUCCAAAGUGUUGAUCAAACGGGUGAAUUACAACUAUCAUCCAAUCAUUGAUUUCUUUUUCCGCGAUCGUGCGGUUAAGGCAGCCAAAGCCAAGGAGAAUCGGGCUGGCCAUAGCAUUAACGUGUCAUAAUCGGAAUUGAACUACAAACAUGAAAAAAACACCGCACACACAUAACUUUAUCAGCAAAAAUAUCGCAUUUCGAUGAAUUUUUUUGCUCAAAUCACUAAAUAGUCAAAAGAAACACCACAUUUAUUAGUUUGGCAUACUUCAAGUAUGGGAAAGG